AUGACGGGCCCUUUCGUGGCGGCCCCACCUCGGGUGGGGCUGACCAGGUCUGCUUUGCCUUCAAUAACGGCAACUGUCGAUACGCCAUCUGCCCCAGUGGACGACAGCACAUCUGCCUCAUCUGUGAUGAGCAGCGUCACGGGAAGUGGAAUUGUCCAAGGCGCCGCGCCAUUAAAUCCAGCCAUUCCAAUGGCGCCUCAGACGCCGUUAAAGCCUGAUGUCUUCCGUAAGUACCUUGCCAGCCACCCGGAUCGGCAUUUUGUAAAUGAUUUAUUACAAAUUCUCGACUGCGGUGCGGAUAUUGGUUUUCGUGCAGCACACCGUUCUCGUAUUACACCUAACGCACAGUCUGCCCGUUCUCAUGCAGAUGUUCUAACUGGAGCCAUUCAUAAAGAAGUUAUGUUGGGCCACACAGUGGGCCCAUUUUCUCAUCCUCCCUUUAUUAAUUUUGUCUGCAGUUCGUUAGGUGUGCGUGAGAAACGCACUGGUGGGCAUCGUAUAAUUCUCGAUCUUAGUCGGCCUGUAGGUGAUAGUGUUAAUGAUGGCAUCAGUAAAGAAGAUUAUUCACUGACUUAUUGUUCUAUUGAUGAUGCGAUUCGGAUUAUCAUUUCACUCGGGCCUGGAUGUCUAUUAUGUAAACAAGACAUUAAGCAUGCCUUUCGUUUAGUUCCCGUCCGUCCUGAAGAUUAUCAUCUUUUGGGUUUUAAGGUUGGUAAAUACUAUUAUUUUGAUUGUGUUUUGCCUUUCGGUUCCCGCUCUUCUCCUUAUUUGUUUUGCAUGUUUUCUUAUGCUCUUCAUUGGAUCUUUAAUAAUCUGUACAGUUUUGAAGAUUUUGUACAUUAUUGCGAUGACUAUCUGUUUGUUUUUAAAUCCCCGUCGUUAGCCUCGAAGUAUAUCGAUUUGUUUGUUGCAUUAACUGCAGAGCUUGGUAUUCCUCUUGCUCUUGAUAAAGCCGAAGGUCCAUCCACUAAAUUACCAUUUUUGGGUAUUACUGUUGAUACUGCAUCUCAAACUGUGAGUCUUCCAGAUGGGAAGUUGUUUGAAAUUGUUGGUCUCUUAAAUUCUUGGUCCGCUCGUUCUUCGUGCACUCGUAAAGAGCUGCAAAGUUUAAUAGGCAGUUUGCAGUUUGCUGCACGUUGCGUGCCAGCUGGUCGGUUAUUUACUCGUAGAAUGAUCAAUCUGCUGUCUAGUGGGUCGGUUACUGGAUCUAUUAAUCUUUGCGCUGAGUUUCAUGCUGAUUUGAAUUGGUGGAGAGAGUAUCUUCCUAAAUGGAACGGCACAUCAUCGUUUAUCUGUUCUGAUUGGUUAACAUCAGAUGUUUUGAACUUGUAUACCGACGCUUCUGCGGUUACGGGCUUUGGUGGAUAUUUUGACGGCCGAUGGUUCUGCUCCCGAUGGCCGGAGUCUGUUUUGAAAAAUAAUCUGUGCAUCCAGCUUUUGGAAUUAUUCCCAAUUUUGAUUGCUUGUACGAUUUGGGGAUCUCACUUUAGAUGUCGUCGUUUAAUUUUUCACUGUGAUAAUCGUUCCGUCGUUGAUGCGUGGAAAUGUCUUGGUUCGAAAAAUCUGACGAUGUUGCAUUUGAUGCGCAAGCUGCUUAUGUCUGCAGCUGUUGAAAAUUUUACUGUUAAAAUCGAACAUAUUGAUGGUUUUGAUAAUUGUAUUGCUGACGCUUUGUCACGGUUUCAAUUUGAUCGUUUUAGGUCGCUGGUACCAUGUGCAUCACUCGAUCCAGAUCCUAUUCCCGAUUUGUACAGCGAUCUACUAAUACGUUAGUUAAUCAUCUUAUCCUAAACCAUGUCUCUCCUGCUACCCGCCGCGCUUAUAACUCUGCUUUGAAUCAGUUCAUCAAGUUUUGUCGUUGUAAGAAAGUUGCUUUUUGUCCUGCUUCUGUUUCUACGGUAUUAGCUUUCAUAGCUUUCCAGUUUGCUAAAAAACGUGCGUUGUCCACCGUUCGGGUUUAUCUUGCUGCCAUUUCUGAUCUGCAUUGUGUGAAUAAUUUGCCUAAUCCUGUGGAUAAUCCUUCUUGUACAUACGCAUUUAAAGGAUAUGCGCGACUGCAUCAGCAAAUUGUUGAUUCUAGACUUCCUAUUACGCCAAUAUCCUUGUGCUGAUUAAA